UCGCGCCUCCGCCCGCCUUGCGUUUCAGUUAUUGUGUGUUUGGGACGCUUCUUCUCUCUCACACACACUCCAUUUGCAGAAUCAGUAAAACCCUAAUCGAGCAUCUGCUCCGAUCGCCGGAUUCUGCCGCUGCUGUUCCAAUUUCUGCUGCAAAUCUCCAGUUUCUGCUGCAAAGAUUUUUCUAUGAGGUUAGGGCGGUUAUGGAGGUAGUGGAAUGUGAGGAUGUUGGCGGCGUCGGUUGUCGAAAAGGUUUGGAUGGUUGUGGGGGUAAUGAACUGGAGAAGAGGAGUAAGAGAGCCGAGGAGAGAUGUGUGGAGUUAGAAUCGGAGAUUGUGAAGAGACAGAGUGAGUAUGAAGCUCUGGAGGCCAAGUUUCGGGCACUGGAACGCGAAAAGAUUGCGGUGGAAGAAGAGAUUAAGGCUUUGAAGAGGGAGAGUGGUGGGGAUGAAAAGAAGAAAACUUGUGGGGGAGAAAAUGGGGAGGGAAUUGGUGAUCUGACGGAGGAGAACGAGGAGGAAGAUGAGGUCUUUCAGCUUAUGGUUGAGAUUGAGGUAUUGGAGUGUGAGAAGAAAAAGGCUGAAAGCGAUGUUGAGGCUUGGAAGCAAAAGUUCAAGGACCUGGAAUUGAUGAUGCUAAAGUUGGACAAGAAUUCGGUCUUGAAAGGCGGGGAAUUGCCGCUGGCUGGAAGGAUGAAGGUGGCAGGGAUAGGAUCGCCAAUUGUGGAUUCUCUUGAAGGCAGAGGGACCGUGCAACUGAAUAACAGGAUUAAACUUCCAGAUGAAUUGCAAGUUGAAAGUGGCUUUGAGUAUUUGAGAGAUAAAGAUAUGGCUGUAGAUGUGGUGGAUGUUCGCUCUGCAUGUCUCCCCCUUGGUAAUGAGAUCGGCAAUAUGCAGUCAGCAGGCACUCCGUGCAAUGACACACCAUGUAAGCAUUGGGAUGGUAUUGAGGGAGAGAAGAAAGGUGUUUAUGUAGAGCCUGAUAUGGAAUAUUCUAAAAGCAGACAAGCUAGGAAACGGUUGGCAUUUGACAAAGAGGGGAGUCCUUGUAAGAAGAUGGCUCCAUCCACGCCUGGUGGUGGCAUACCUUCUUCUCUCGCUGUCGUCAAUAUUACUGAUAGUGAUGAUGAACUUCUGCCUGCAGAUAAUCAGAAAAGCAGAAGGUCACCAUUUUGUCGGGUUCAGUAUUAG